AUGAGGCCAAACUCAUUCUACCAGUUUCAAGCUGAUCGUGCCAUCCCCAAUCUUGAGAAACAAAGAAAGGACCUUGAGCAAGAAAGGGAUUCAAUUAUAAUUGAAGAAGAAGAUAGUGUAAAGAAUUAUUACAAUCUAUUACAGCAGUACAAGAGUUCGAAAAAGGAACUUCGUGAUAUUGUGCUUUCUCCAAAGUACUGCUUACCAAUUCUGAGACCUGGCAGAUAUGUUACAAGUGAUGAUGUUGUGGAGUUGAAUGGUGGUUGCAAGGACAUAAAGGUGGAAGAGAUGGUAUCUCUUCUCUCAUGUUUUGUGUGGCAGGAGAAACUUAAAGAUGCUACAAAACCAAGGGAAGAACUUGACCUGCUCUUUUCACAGUCACAAGAUACAGCUCGGAGGGUUGCUGAGGUUCAGCUUGAGUGCAAGGUAAAGAAGUGA